AUGCCGUUGGAAAACGCGCUUUGGAACGAUGGUUUGUUUUAUCAUUCGGACGCACCAUGGGUGAUUGAUCCGAAUGUACGGGAGGGUAUACACUGUGUACUUGUACUGAGUCGGGUUCAAGAAGAAUUUGAGCUCAUUGCCCAAGAACUAGUUCGUGCAAUGUCUUGGGCAAUUGAGUUUCACAAUACCCUUGUAAACAGUCUUGCUUACAUGGGAGAACGGAUUUCUGUCCUGAAAGUUGGUGAUCCAGAAGUGGCCGCAGAUCACAUAGACAAACAGAAACUAACAGGUGUAACUCAAAGGGAUUCAGUCAAAGUUAUCAGGAAUGAAGUCAACCGUCAACUUCUUUCGCAUUGCGAGUUAGUCAAAGGAUGGUCUGAAGAUGUCACAUGGCUGUGGCAACACUGUCAGCCAGCCCAAAAUGCUGCCUUUCUUGACACAUGGAAUAAAUUUGUGGAUCAAAUCAGGAAAGUGCGACUGGGAGGAAGCAGCAAUGAUACAGAAAGGACAGACGAUGCCUUGGAAGAUGCUGUUUUGGACAAAUUAGUUGAUGAUGGUGAGGAUCUCGACAAUGCGGAUGAUGGAUCCGUCUUCCAAACCAAUUCUACAGCUUGA